AAGACACUGAAGGUUGCUAUCACAUUUUUGAAAAUGUUUUCUUACUUAAGUAAAAAGAUUACUACGCAGAACAACAAGAAAUUGAAAUCAGUGUCAUGGAGUAAAGAACAUGGCUACAUUGCCUGUGGAGGAGAGGAUGGUUUACUGAAAAUUCUUAAGCUUGAAGUGCAAAAUGAUAAUAAACUUAAAGGUUUGGCUGCUCAAACAAAUUUGGUGAUGAAUCAGAACCUGAAAGGACACACAGGUGACGUUCAGGUGAUUACAUGGAAUGAAAAGUUUAGAAAAAUUACAUCGUCUGAUCGUAAUGGCCUCAUAAUAGUUUGGAUACUUUACAAAGGAGCAUGGUACGAAGAAAUGAUAAAUAACAGAAACAAAUCAUCUGUUCAGGAUAUGAAAUGGGACCCUGAAGGUCAGAGGAUUUGCAUAGUUUACGAAGAUGGGGCGGCUAUAGUUGGAUCUGUGGACGGAAACAGGAUAUGGGGGAAAGAGCUGAAGUGUGGUAGCCUUACAUCAGUCGAGUGGUCACCAGACGGAAAUAUUCUACUGUUUGGCCUGCUGACAGGAGAAGUCUGUGUUUACGACAGCUGUGGGAACUUCCUGUCAAAAAUAUCAAUGUACUGUUUGAACAACAUACAUGGAGCUAUUCGGCUUGUGGGUUUAGAAUGGUAUAAAGGAGAUAAAGGACAUGCAACACGCUUACUACCGUCAUUAGUUGUGUGUUAUGAUAUUGGACGUUGUCAAAUAAUGAAAAACCACGAUGAUCCAGAUCCAGUUUUGUUAGACACAGGGAUUCAGAUAACAUGUUCAUGUUGGAAUGAAGAUGGAUCUAUGCUUGCUGUAGCUGGAACACAAAAGUGUAAUCAGGCUAGUUCAUCACCGAUUUCUAAAUCAAAUGAUCGUGAUGUAAAUGUUGUACAAUUCUAUAGUCCACUAGGAGAUCAUUUACGUACACUAUGUUUGCCUGGUAAAUGUUUAACUGCAUGUUCAUGGGAAGGCAAUGGCUCGUUAAGAUUAGCUUUAGCUGUAGACUCAUUUGUAUACUUUGCUAAUUUACGUCCAUAUUAUAAAUGGGCGUAUAGUUCAACAACAAAUACAAUAAUUUAUAGUUAUUCACGUCAACAUACAUUUGAUAUGUCAGUUGUCUUUUGGAAUUUGAAAACUAACAAAACCAAAGUGAUUUCUGUUCGUCAUCUAAUUCAUAUUUGUGCUGCAGAAGAAUAUGUUUGUUUAGUCUGUAAACUGAAUGAUUCUAGUCAAGGGGUUCUGUUGACAUUGUGCACAGCACUUGGUGUUGCAUUGGAAUCAAAACGUGUUCAAUUCGAACCAAUGCAAACAAUGAUGACUGGAAAUCAAGUGAUUUUAAUCAAUAAAAGUUUUCUUUAUGCAUGGCAAUAUUUUACACCAAAACAGAUCCUUGAAUUAGGCUCAACAUUUACAGGAGCAACAGCAACAACAACAUCAAUUCUACGUCAACGUGAUGGAAUUGAAAGACUGUAUCAUAUAGAUAAAAUUUCAAUGAAAUCAUUGUCAACAUCUUUAGAAGACGACAUGCCUUCAUCAGUACUUCAGACAGGAAUCGAUUGGAGUAUACUAAAGCAAACUGAGACAUCUGAUCCAAUCUGUACACUAACCAUCAGUCAUUCAACUCGACGGUUAUUUAUUGCACGAGAUUCAGGGCUGAUACAAUUGCACAGACUACCAGAUUUAUAUCUUGAAAUGAAAUUUCAAACAGAUGAUAAUCGUCCUUAUCGAAUAUACGUGAAUUGUGAUGCAACCUGUUUGGCUGUUAUCGAUGAGUCAGGCAUACUAAGAUUACAUUUAAUACCUGAUUCAUAUAACAAUCUACCUUCAUCAGUGAAAUUUCAGGAUAUUGACAAUUUUAUACGAAAAGAUGUUUGGGAUGUUAAAUUUGAAGAAGAUAAUCCGCAUAUGUUUGCUAUAAUGGAAAAAACUCGAAUGUAUAUAUUCGAUGGUCUGCAAGCAGAACCAGCUGUACAAACGUCUACUUUUCUUUAUGAAUUUAAAGAUUUAGAAGUUCAAGGUAUUCUGCUAGAUGAACUGGUUGGUGCUGCAGAUCAACCGAAUGAAGAAUUUCUAUUAAAGACUCCUAUAAAGAAAGUUAGAGAUUUUAAACAAAUACUCGAAAAAGAUGGUUUUGAGAAAGCUGCAGAAUUCAUCACUAACAAUCCACAUGUUCAAUUAAGGCGUUUGUUAAUUGAAGCUUGUUUAGAGAAACAAGAUUUGGAUAUGGCGGAAUUACAAUUUGUACAUUUACAAGAAUAUUCUGGAAUACAAUUUAUUAAAAAAUUGAGAAAUAUUCAGUCAAAAUUAAUUAGAAAAGCGGAAAUUAGUGCUUACUUCAAAAGAUAUGAUGAAGCUGAAACGCUAUUACUGAAAAAUGAUCGUCCUGACUUAGCUGUAGAAUUAAGAAAACGCCUGGGUGAUUGGUUUCGCGUAGCACAGUUAACUAAAGAUACUGGUAUCUUGGUAAAGGAUAUAGAACAAGCUGAAAUAUGGAAUGCUAUGGGUGAUCAUUUCUUUAGUCAAAUGUUAUGGGAUAAAGCAGCCAGUUACUAUCGGCAAGGAGAUGAUCUCAUUAAAUUUGCUGAAUGUUUAUACCAAAUGGAAGACUAUCAGGCAAUUGAAAGAUUGAUAGAAGAAAUGCCAGAAGGUCAUAAGGCUUUAUACGAUUUCGGCUUAAGAUUUGCCAGCCUCGGUAUGAUACAACAAGCUGUGUUCGCAUUAUUAAAGUGUAAUCGCCGUAAAGAAGCAAUCGAUAUCUGCCUACGACUUAAUCAUUGGCGAGUUGCUUAUGAAUUAGCUAAACGUUUAGAUACACAAGACAAUGAAAACCAGCAGCAGCAGCAACAACAACAACCACAGCACCUAUACUUAAAACAACAACAAAAAAAGAUCGAUAAUUCUUUAAGUCAAACAAUCAACCAUUUUAUUGAACAAGGUAGAAUUAUCCAAGCUGUGGAAUUAUACAAACGUGCUGGACGAUUUUUAGAAGCUGCUGAAUUACUGUAUAAGGAAGCACAAAAAGCCAAAUUAUCUCCUAAUGUACCACCGUUGCAUAUGAAGAAAUUAUACGUACUUUUUGGUUUAUUAAUGGAACAAUAUUAUGAACAAAGUAAACAACAAGUUUCCGUUAAACCAAGAAAUCCUACAUGUGGUGAAGGUGUAUUAAUGGCAAGCUCUGCACUCGCUGGACUACUCUUAGCUGAACAAGAACACACUUCAUUGAACUAUGAAGAUGUGAACAGCUUGGAUACACAAGGUAAAAAACAGAAUGGAAGUAUCUUCAACAAAGAAUCAGACAUCCUAGAGAACAGCAAAAUAACUGAAGGCAAUAGAAACAAAUUAUCUGCUGAAAAAGGCGAUACUUCAGGGAAGACUAAUCUCCAAUUGAUGACUAAAUCAACUGAAAUCAGCCGACUUAUUGAUCAACCAUGGAGAGGCGCUGAAGCAUAUCAUUAUGCUAUGCUGGCUGAAAAGCAACUUUACACUGGAUCAAUUAAUCGAGCGCUUAGAACUGCACAAUUAUUAAAAGAUUAUGAAGAUAUACUAGAUCCGUGUAAAAUUUAUAGUUUGAUUGCUCUGUGUUCCAUCUAUGCAAAAUGCUUUGCCACAUGUUCUAAAGCAUUUAUAAAAUUAGAAAAUUUAACAGAUAUCUCACAAAUAGAACAGAAUACGAUAAAAGAAUUAGCUGUGGAUAUAUUUUCAAAAUAUCCACCUACAAAUGAACAACAGAAUACAAUGGAAUUCCCUGAAAUGGAUUCAAUGUUAGAGAGGUAUGUGGAUUUAUUUUUUUAAGUAUCUUUUUUGGGGAAGGAGGAUAGUAGAUGGUGACAAUAAUUGUUAGAUUCCAAAAUCUAGUCCAGAAUAAUAUUUGCUAUCUGGUCUCAUUUCUCCAAGUUUGUGUCACUUUUUAUACUUAAAGUUACUCAUAGCCUCUACCAGGCGAGUCCUAUUCACUUCCUUCACAUGGUGGUGGUGGUAGUGAUGGGGCUGUUUCUGACAACAGUGGAAGGACUAGUGGUGACGUCUGGCAUUUAUAACCAAACUGGUAAACAUUCAGGUCUAACUAGCGGAGUCGUAAGACCAAAACCCUGAUUCCAAACCUAUGGUGUACAUAGGCUGCAGAAUUCAAAUGGCAUAUUGGCCUGUUUUGGUCACUGUCCACCAGGAGGAUGUAGCUGCUAUGCCUCAGCACUGCCUGUUGGAUUAGACGUUAAGUCGAAGGCUUGGUGGAGAGUGACCCUUUGAGACAACCACCUGCUUCGGUCUAGGCGUCUGAACAGUAUUCUAUCCCCUGGAUUUUGUAUGACUCAUCUCAUCUUUUGGUUGGUGCCCAUAAUAUGCCAAGUUUAUGUGUUUAUGAAUAUACUCAAAGUUCAAUUUUCUCAUCUAAUGCUAUCUCAAGUGAUCCAAAGGUUAAUUUUCUAUUGCUUCGGUUGACAUGUUCAAUAUAAGAAGAAAUUGAACACGUGAGAUUUCUUACACGUGAUAUACAUUUAAGUGUGAGAACUUACCUAAACUAUUGGCUUCAUGUUAUUGUAACUUCCAUUAUCAUUUCAAUAAUGAGAAAGUCUGCAUGAUGCUCAGAAAACUGAUUAUCAAAUUUAAACAGUAAAGGGGUUCAGACAUGGUAAAUUUCACAACAACCACAGUGGUGUUAGCAGUUGGCCUUAGGUAAUAGCUUUUUAAUUCAUGAAAAAUUGUCAUUCAAACAUUAAUAGACAGAAGACCAGUAGCAAUUCAGUGAAGAGUCGUCUCUUUUCGGCGGCGAAUUCAUUUCCAUAGCUGUACAAUCGCAAAUAUACAUAUGGUUGUUUUGUAUGUGU